GGUUAUCUUUCAAAAGCGAACUUCCGUAAAGGCAGUUAUAGCAGUCAGCACUUUAGCCGAGAGGCUUGGGAGUCUUAUCCGUGAAGAGGUGGAAGGAGAUGACGGAGGCUCUGAAACUCCCUAUCAUAGACCUGUCCUCACCGGAUCCCGUCUCCACCGCCAAUUCCAUCCGUCAGGCAUGCACGGAAUAUGGUUUCUUCUACCUUGUGAAUCCUGGGGUGGAGCAAGAGUUGGUUGGGAGAGUAUUUGAGGAGAGCAACAAGUUCUUCUCACUCCCUUUGGAGGAGAAGAUGAAACUGGCUCGCAAGGAACAUAGAGGAUAUACGCCGCUCUAUGCUGAGAACCUCGAUCCCACUUCCACCUCCAGAGGUGACUCGAAAGAGAGCUUUUAUAUUGGCCCUUUAGAAGAUAUUGCAACUCUGGUUGAUUUGAAUCAAUGGCCUUCAGAAGAAGUUCUACCUUCUUGGAGACAUACAAUGGAAAGUUUCUAUAGAAAUGUCCUGUCUGCUGGAAAAAGAUUACUUUCUCUGCUUGCUCUGGCUUUGAACGAAGAUGAGGACUUCUUUGAAAAAUUGGGGGCCUUGGAUAAACCAAUGGCAUUUCUUCGGCUGUUGCAUUAUUCAGGUGAAUUGGGGUCUUCUGAUGAAGAAAUAUAUGGUGCCUCUGCUCAUUCAGAUUAUGGAAUGGUCACUCUCCUAGCAACCGACGGUGUUCAAGGACUUCAGGUCUGCCGGGACAAAUUCAAGCACCCACAGCUUUGGGAGGACGUACUUCAUGUAGACGGGGCCUUCAUUGUUAACAUUGGUGACAUGAUGGAGAGGUGGACUAAUUGUUUGUUCCGAUCAACGCUGCACAGGGUGAUGCCAGCAGGAAAAGAACGCUAUUCUGCAGCUUUCUUUUUAGAUCCCAACCCAGACUGUGUGGUGAAAUGCCUGGAAAGUUGUUGCAGUGAGUUAUCUCCCCCAAGAUUUUCCCCAAUUCGCAGUGGGGACUACCUGAAAGAGAGGCUCAGGCUUACAUAUGCCUCGUAAGGCAUGGGUAAACUUAUAAGAUCUGAAGUUUCGCUAGUGAAGGAUGUCAAGUGUGUCCUGCUAAUGUCUUUGCAGUGCAGAUUUUUUGAUACAUAACUUUAAACGCACAUAUGGACUCAUCCAAAAGUACAUGGUAUAAUUUUUCAUUGAAACAAAGACAUAUUAUGCUGUCAAAGUUUCCUGUAAUCGAAAUUGCUUUGGCUUUGGAAA